AUGGGCAAUCCCAAGAGGCAAACACAGAUACAGGGGCAACAGGGGAGAACCCCCAUACCUAAAUCAGGCUCCCUCACCCGUUACUUCAAAGAUAAUAUUGAUCGGGAGAUGGAGGCCGCGGCCGCGACCUCCAAGAUGGCGGAUGCCGAUCCCAUAGAGGAAAUGCAGCCACAAAGCCCCCACAUGUCUGAUUACUCACUAAAAUCAUUAGAUAACAGUGGGGAUUUAGACAUAAAAGAAAUGCUGAGGAAUCUCCCAUCCAAAGCUGACCUCCAGACUAUGAUGGGGAAAUUAGAGGCAACCCUCCACACAAAAUUAGCAGAAAUGGGCACCGAAAUUCAACAAAUGAAUUUAAAGGUCACAGACCUAGAAGAGGAGAAAGAUGCAAU